AUGGAACCAACUACCACUACCGCCAGCUCCAAGAAGAUCGCUGUCAUCAUUGGCUCAGUGAGAACUCACCGUAUUGGUGACACUGUUGCCAACUGGUUCGUCCAAGCCUCUGGCAUUGAAUCAUCAUUCACCGUCGAAAUUAUCGAUCUCAAGACAUGGAACUUGCCAUUAUACGAUGAAGCUUACCCACCAAUGUACUUGAAUGGUGCCUACACUACUGAACUCGCUAAGCAAUGGAGAGACAAGAUCGCUCAAUUUGAUGGAUUCGUAUUUGUGACCUGUGAGUAUAAUAGUGGUUAUUCACCCUCAAUUAAAAACGGCAUUGACUACUUGUUUACCGAGUGGAACAAGAAGCCAGCACUUGUUGUCUCUUAUGGCUUCGUUGGUGGUGCCUCUGCCAACAACCAACUCUCACACGUCUUGGCCAACUCUGGCCUCAAGAUGAGACUUGUCCAACACAAGGUUGAACUCACUCUCUCCAGAGACAUGUACGGUGCUGAUGGCAAGUUGGCCGAUAUCAAUACCUCAUUUGCCAAGUUUGCUCCAGAAACUGUCAAGGCUGUCGCUGAAUUACUCACCAUUGUCAACACUCCACUCGAAAACUAA